AUGUCGGCACAUCUAUCUUGGAUGAUAAUCCGCAAUAAUAAUGCUUACCUUACCAAAAAAAGGAAUAUCAAGAAACAUUUCAGCACUGAGCCCCAUAAUUUGCUGAAUUUGGCUUCCUUCAGGUAUAAUGGUCUUGUGCAUCGCAAGAGUAUUGGGAUCGUUCCUGCUGACAACAAUGGUUUUAAAGUCACAUGGAAAAGAGCUAAAGCACAUCAUAAACCCGGAAAAAGUAUUGCCACCACUACAAUGAAGGCUGGUCCACGUGUUGCAUUAUACCAUUUGAGGAGGCUCAUUAGAUGCAAUAAGUAUAGAAAAGAUCUUACCAAGGCUGCUUUAAGAAGGGCAUCUGCUAUUCUCAAUUCUCAGAAAAGAACAAUACAGGUGAAGAAAUCAAGACCCAAGAAAUCAGAUUGA